GGACACUCUUAAGGUCAGCCAUAUUGUUUAAUCGUCUUGGUUGAAGGAUAGAGGGGAGAUGAAGGGGCUUCGGGGAAUAAGUCAGCUAUCGGUAAGAACUCCUUUGACAUUGUAAUAAGUCUGAAUAGUUGAUUAUUCAGGAGACGGUUUUUGGUAUCCGAUAGUACAAGUAGAUUGUAUUGAUUGGUUGGCGAGAAAAGUGCUCGCGCGACAAGCUGUGAUGAUGAUGUCACUAGCUAGCAUACUAGCGAAGACGCCAGCUAACAUUAGCACGACCAUUUAGAUACAUGGCAUGGCCUGCUGAUAAACCCAUCCUAAACGUUUGGCAGUGGGUUAAAAAUUGUGGUUCUAUAUUCCAUGAAUUGUAUCUGACACGUAGAAGACAUCUACUCUUUCCCUAUUGUCAAAGUGUUGUCAAAUUCGUCCCUCGGUCUGACCAAUUAAAAGAUCAGAUCAUGAUCAUGCAGAGGAUAACGGUUCAGUUGGUGCUCUGUCUCACUACCUGUUUAACAGCCGUUGAUGUGACAACAAGCCUUUUGAUUCUCCAUCGAAAGUCAAAUGUAGUUCAUAGAAGGUGGUCAUGUGCCCUCGACCGUGCACUAUAAUGCAAAUAGCUGGCAAACACUGUCUUGGGUCAAUUCAUUAGGACAUAACGUUCCAUCCAGUAUUCAACCAUCAUUCUCUGUCUAUGAUUCUUAAUAAUCUCAUUGGUUCUCUCUAUCCAGAGUCCAGACCCACCAUAACACCCUAGUAGGAUAUGAAGUCACCUUGUCUCUUUUCUACAUUACAGACAAGGCUUUACGCAGCCCAGGCUGCCCGUAAAUUGGAUGUCUCCGCAGAGCACGUAAAGUUUCAGCUGCAGGAGGUGCAGGUCAGUGGGUGUUGACAUGUCUCUCUCUCCUCACAGAGACGCUUCUAUGCGGCCACCCGAACAGAGCAGCCCUUGACUCAGCCUCUGUCGGGCCUCAAGGUCUCCACAGGGGCUUCCCAUUCAUACCAGGACGUCCAUGUAUGUGGUGGUCUGAGGGAGUGAUUUAGGGGGUGGAGAUUGUGUCCUCUGUCCUGCUCUAACUCCUGUGGUUUACAUGGUUCUUUGUUCCUUUGAGAUAUAAGUCUGCUUUUAUUAUUCCACAUAUAAUAUCUCUGUGUACUGUUACAAACUCCCAGUGAAAUGUCAUGCUGAUUACAUUUGUAAUAGUUGAAGUAAAACUAGGUAAAAAGGUAUUUGGGAUUUGAUGCUUUGCUGCCCAUCCAUUUGUUGCCUUUUAUGUGGACAUGCUAUAAUUAAGCAAUAAGGCCUGAGGAGGUGUGGUGUAUGGGCAAUAUACCACGGCUAAGGGCUGCUCUUAAGUACGACACAACGCGGAGUGCCUGGACACAGCCCUUAGCCGUGGUAUAUUGGCCAUAUAUCACAAACACCCGAGGUGCCUUAUUGCUUUUAUAAACUGGUUACCAACGUCAUUAGAGCAGUAAAAAUAAAUGUUUUGUCAUACCCGUGGUAUAUGGUCUGAUAUACCACGGCUGUCAGCCAAUCAGCAUUCAGGGCUCAACCCACCCAGUUUAUAACAGAAGUUAGAGCUAAGAUAUGUUAUACUACACUGCUCUGUUAAAAUGUUCUGACAUCUUAACUGCAUAAAACACACCAUCAAGGUGUGAUGCUAACUGAUAUUUCUCUUGCAGGUGACCAAACUGCCCAGUGGUCUGAUGAUAGCCUCAUUGGAAAACUACUCCCCGGCAUCCAGGAUCGGUGUGUUUGUGAAGGCUGGCUGUCGCUAUGAGUCCCCGGAGAACCAGGGAGUCACCCACCUGCUCCGUCUGGCUGCCAACCUGGUACUCCUGGCUCUGGUUCAUCACCCCUCCUCCAUCAACAUGAUGUAGCCAGGAGCUUGAGUGAUUAUUCAAUGUACUCAAUACUGCGUAGGAACUAGUGAUGUGGUUAAUCCCAACCUCUGCUGCUCUUUUCUAGACUACCAAAGGUGCUUCAGCCUUCAGGAUCUGUCGUGGUGUGGAGGCAGUGGGAGGCAGUCUAGGGUCAGUAGUCUUCAGAGCCUGUGAAUGAGUGUAUACAUCCUCACAAGACCAGAAAGACAACUGGACGUAUCUUUGAUUUCUAUUGUUUGGGAUACUUAACAUAUUUUCUGACUGACUGUACCACUGUCAUGGAUGACAUACUUUUUAUCUGUGUGUGUUUUCUAUACAGCGUGACGUCAUCCAGAGAGAACAUGAUCUACUCUGUUGACUGUCUCAGAGACCACAUGUAAGUGAUGCUUGCUUAAAGCAUACCUAUGUGUUAUGGCUGGGACCAUACCAGUAUUGCCACGGCUGGGACCAUACCAGUAUUGGUCUCCCGAGUGGCGCAGCGGUCUAAGGCACUGCAUCUCAGUGCUUGAGGCGUCACUACAGACCCCCUGGUUCGAUUCCAGGCUGUAUCACAACCGGCCGUGAUUGGGAGUCCCAUAGGGCGGCGUACAAUUGGCCCAGCGUCGUCCGGGUUUGGCCGGUGUAGGCCGUCAUUGUUAAUAAGAAUUUGUUCUUAACUGAUUUGCCUAGUUAAAUAAAGGUAAAAUAAAAAUGUUUGCUUUACUCCUUCGUGACGUGGCAAGGAAACAAAACACGAAGCGGAUUUAACUUUAUGUUGUCGUCCAGAGUAACAUUUAUUUAUUUUCCAAGCUACACUACCGGUCAAAAGUUUUAGAACAUCUACUCAUUCAAGUUUUUUAAAAACUAUUUUCUACAUUGUAGAAUAAUAGUGAAGACAUCAAAACUAUGAAAUUACACAUAUGGAAUCAUGUAGUAACCAAAAAAGUGUCAAAAUAUAUUUUAUAUUUUAGGUUCUUCAAAUAGCCACCCUUUGCCUUGAUGACAGCUUUGCACACUCUUGGCAUUCUCUCAACCAGCUUCACCUGGAAUGCUUUUCCAACAGUCUUGAAUGAGUUCCCACAAAUGAUGAGCACUUGUUGGCUGCUUUUCCUUCACUCUGUGGUCCGACUCAUCCCAAACCAUCUCAAUUUGGUUGAGCUCGGGGGAUUGUGGAGGCCAGGUCAUCUGAUGCAGCACUCCAUCACUCUCUUUUUUGGUAAAAUAGCCCUUACACAGCCUGGAGGUGUGUAAGGGCUGAUUCACAUAGUCUGCUCUGAACAGUUGAUGUUGAGAUGUGUCUGUUACUUGAUCUCUGUGAAGCAUUUAUUUGGGCUGCAAUUUCUGAGACUGGUAACUCUAAUGAACUUAUCCUAACUCUGGGUCUUCCAUUCCUGUGGCGGUCCUCAUGAGAGCCAGUUUCCUCAUAUCACUUGAUGGUUUUUGCGACUGCACUUGAAGAUACUUUCAAAGUUCUUGAGAUUUUCCGUAUUGACUGACCUUCAUGUCUUAAAGUAUUGAUGGACUGUCGUUUCUCUUUGCUUAUUUGAGCUGUUCUUGCCAUAAUAUGGACUUGGUCUUUUACCAAAUAGGGCUAUCUUCUGUAUACCCCCCCUACCUUGUUACAACACCACUGAUUGGCUCAAACACAUUAAGAAGGAAAGAAAUUCCACAAAUUAACUUUUAAGAAGGCACACCUGUUAAUUGAAAUGCAUUCCAGGUGACUACCUCAUGAAGCUGGUUGAGAGAAUGCCAAGAGUGUGCAAAGCUGUCAUCAAGGCAAAGGGUGGCUAUUUGAAGAAUGAUUUGUUUAACACUUUUUUGGUUACCACAUGAUUCCAUAUGUGUUAUUUCAUAGUUUUGAUGUGUUCACUAUUAUUCUACAAUGUAGAAAAUAGUAAAAAUAAAGAAAAACCCUUGAAUGAGUUGGUGUUCUAAAACUUUUGACCGGUAGUGUAUAUCACACAAUAUUUUAUAUACAGCAGGUUUUUUAAAAGACCAAAGAGUUUUGUCUGCUUCAUGUUUUCAUUUUUGCCAUGGAAUUUUUUUUGUGAUACUGGUAUCAUCACAGCCCUACUAUGUAUAUACAAACAUAGAUCUGAAAUAUGGUGAAUAAAUCGCUGUCAUUCUCAUUUCUGUGUUGUCUAAUGCAGUGACACGGUGAUGGAGUACCUGAUCAAUGUGACCACAGCCCCAGAGUUCAGGCCGUGGGAGGUGUCUGACCUCACUCCCAGGGUCAAGAUGGACAAGGCCCUAGCCGCACAGACCCCCCAGAUGGGUGAGAACACACACACACACAGUUAUGUGGUUGUUUCAGUUUUGUUAUUACUGUUAACGGCUCUGGAUAAUAGCAUAAUGCAAAGUGUCAUCACACUGCGGCUGAAGCGCCUUGCGUUUCUUUUCCUCAGGUGUGAUUGAGGGUCUACAUGGAGCGGCUUACAAGAACGCCCUGUCCAACUCCCUCUACUGCCCAGACUACAUGGUUGGCCAGGUCGACGCUGACCAUGUAAGACACUCAACAUCCUGGUCCCAGCAUGUUCUACUGUACUAUUCAUUAGUUUGGGCUAAUGCUAUGGGUGUUCAUCUGCCUCUCCAGGUGUACUACUCCAGGAAGUACAGCACGACGGUUGAGUUUUUCAUUAACCCUCUGAUGUUCAUCUUCCUCUCCAGAUGCACAAUUUUAUCCAAAACAAUUUCACAAGUGCAAGAAUGGCUCUGGUUGGCCUUGGUAAGUGUUAAACGUGUAUAUCUAAUACAAAAUAUUUUAAAUCAAAUUACUUGAUAGCCAUGUGUGUUAAGGGAAUGUUGAAAAAUAUAUUGUUUUUCUCACAUACUUUCUAUGUGUUCAGGUGUGGACCACAAUGUUCUGAAGCAGGUGGGAGAGCAGUUCCUCAACAUCCGCAGUGGGAUGGGCACCGCUGGGACAAGGUCUCAGUACCGCGGUGGUAAGAUCCUUAUUCCAGAGGGGCUGCAAUGGCCACUGUAUCUGAAUCUUGAAGAGGGUUGAAUUCUAAUAAGGUUUCUCUCUCUCUCUCUCUCUCUCUCUCUCUCUCUCUCUCUCUCUCUCUCUCUCUGCUCUCUUUCUAUCCCUGUCGCUCUCUCUAUCCCUGUCUCUCUCUUUCUAUCCCUGUCCCUCUCUCUAUCCCUCUCUCUCUCUAUCCCUCUCUCUCUCUCUCUAUCCCUGUCUCUCUCUCUCUAUCCCUGUCUCUCUCUCUCUAUCCCUCUCUCUCUAUCCCUGUCUCUCUCUCUCUAUCCCUGUCUCUCUCUCUCUCUAUCCCUGUCUCUCUCUCUCUAUCCCUCUCUCUCUAUCCCUGUCUCUCUCUCUCUAUCCCUGUCUCUCUUUCUAUCCCUGUCCCUCUAUCCCUAUCUCUCUCUUUCUCUCUCUCUCGCUCUCUCUCUAGGCGAGGUGCGGGUGCAGAACGGGUCCAGCCUAGUGCACUCUGCAGUGGUGUCUGAGGGGGCGGCGGUGGGGACAGAUGAGGCUAUGGCCUUCUCUGUACUACAGCAUGUCCUGGGGGCGGGGCCACACAUCAAGAGAGGCUCCAACUCCACCUCCAAACUCAUCCAGGGCGUCGCUAAGGCUACCGCAGACCCCUUCGAUGUGAGUGACAUAAUCACCAGAUCAGAUUGUGUUUUUAUAGCUGGGCUUUCUACAGGAGGGAAAUGCGGUAUGUGGAGGAAUCUUUGGAUAGAAGAGUUUUGUGCAGAAUAGAUUUCUUUCAUGCAGUCAUUCUCCUCUGGUGUCCCCUCCUUUUAGGCCUCUGCUUUCAAUGCCAACUACUCUGACUCUGGCCUGUUUGGAGUCUACACCAUCUCCCAGUCUGCAGCAGCUGGUGACGUGAGUAUGAUGUCUCUGACAUUUCAUUUUUACAUUUUUUUUACAUUUUAGUCAUUUAGCAGACGCUCUUAUCCAGAGUGACUUACAGUUAGUGAGUGCAUACAUUAUUUUUAUUUAAAAAAAAUAAAAAAUCAUACUGGCCCCCCAUGGGAAUCGAACCCACAACCCUGGCGUUGCAAACACCAUACUCUACCAACUGAGCUACAUCCCUGCUGGCCAUUCCCUCCCCUACCCUGGAUGACGCUGGGCCAAUUGUGCGCCGCCCCAUGGGUCUCCCGGUCGAUUUCUACUGAUAAUGUACAUUUUAUAAGAAUUGAUAAAGAUUAAUUGAACCUCUUCACAACAGCUUUUUGAAGCCGUUGAUAACUAGUCCUAUGAACCCUGUGAGGGAUAGUUGCUUUUACAUAGAAUGGAAUGUAAGAUCAUUCAUUUAGGAUAAGGAAAGAUCAUAAUGAAGAUGAACUUUGACCUCCCAUUGAUUAAUUGAUUGACCUAUCCCUGUCCUCCUCUCCAGGUGAUCAAGGCAGCUAUUGGCCAGGUGAAGGCUGUUACAGGAGGAGUCUCAGAAGCUGACCUGACCCGCGCCAAGUAAGCUAACACACACAGACUUAGAAACUUGAAUAUACAGUGCAUUCGGAAAGUAUUCAGUCAUCUUCCCUUUUUCCCAAACAAAUUUACGUUACAGCCUUAUUCUAGAAUGGAUAAAAUAAAAUAAAAUCCUCAUUGGGCUACACACAAUACCCCAUAAUGACAAAGUGAAAACAGAUUUUUAGAAUUCUUUAGCAAAUUUAUAAAAAAUAAAAAACUGAAAUACCUUAUUUACGUAAGUAUUAAGACCCUUUGCUAUGAGACUCGAAAUUGAGCUCAGGUAUAUACAAGGUCCCACAGUUGACAGUGUAUGUCAGAGCAAAAACCAAGCCAUGAGGUCAAAGAAAUUGUCCGUAGAGCGCCGACACAGGAUUGUGUCGAGGCACAGAUCUGGGGAAGGGUACCAAAAAAUUCUGCAGCAUUGAAGGUCCCCAAGAAAACAGUGGCUUCAUCAUUCUUAAAUGGAAGAAGUUUGGAACCACCAAGACUCUUCCUAGAGCUGGCCGCCUGGCCAAACUGAGCAAUCGGGGGAGAAGGGCAUUGGUCAGGGAGGUGACCAAGAACCUGAUGGCCACUCUGACAGAGCUCUAGAGUUGCUCUGUGGAGAUGGGAGAACCUUCCAGAAGGACAACCAUCUCUGCAGCACUCCACCAAUCAGGCCUUUAUGGUAGAAUGGCCAGAUGGAAGCCACUCCUCAGUAAAAGGCACAUGACAGCCCGCUUGGAGUUUGCCAAAAGGCACCUAAAGGACUCACAGUCCAUGAGAAACAAGAUUCUCUGGUCUGAUGAAACCAAGAUUGAAAUCUUUGGCCUGAAUGCCAAGCGUCACGUCUGGGGGAAACCUGGCACCAUGCCUACGGUGAAGCAUGGUGGUGGCAGCAUCAUGCUGUGGGGAUGUGUUUAAGUGGCAGGGACUGGGAGACUAGUCAGGAUCGAGGGAAAGAUGAACGGAGCAAAGUACAGAGAUCCUUGAUGAAAACCUGCUCCAGAGCGCUCAGGCCUCAGACUGGGGCAAAGGUUCACCUCCAACAGGACAUUGACCCUAAGCACACAGCCAAGAUAACGCAGGAGUGGCCUUCGGGACAAGUCUCUGAAUGUCCUUGAGUGGCCCAGCCAGAGCCCGGACUUGAACCCGAUCGAACAUCUCUGGAGAGACCUGAAAAUAGCUGUGCAGUGACGCUCCCCCUCCAUCCUGACAGAGCUUGAGAGGAUCUGCAGAGAAGAAUGGGAGAAACUCCCCCAAAGACAGGUGUGCCAAGCUUGUAGCGUCAUACCCAAGAAGACUCGAGGCUGUAAUCGCUGCCAAAGGUGCUUCAACAAAGUACUGAGUAAAGGGUCUGAAUACUUAUGUAAAUGUGGUAUUUCCGUUUUUUAUUUUUUAUAGUUUUGCAAACAUUUCUAAAAACCUGUUUUUGCUUUGUCAUUAUGGGGUAUUGUGUGUAAAUUGAGGGGGGAAAACUAUUUUAAUCCAUUUUAGAAUAAGACUGUAAUGUAAUAAAAUGUGGGAAAAGCCAAGGGGUCUGAAUACUUUCCGAAUGCACUGUAGAAUUUGAGUAGAUAAAAUCGAGAAAAGUAUUGCAAUGGAAGGGACUUUGAAGACGUUGACUUAAGGUGUAUCUGUUUUUGUAGGACCCAGCUGAAGGCUGAGUAUCUGAUGUCGUUGGAGAGCUCAGAGGGUUUGUUAGAUGCCAUGGGUUCACAGGCUCUGGCCGGAGGGGUCUACCACUCCCCCGAGGCCAUCGCACAGAAGAUCGACUCUGUCUCCGCAACUGAUGUCGCUAACGUAAGUUCAUUCACUUUGGGGGGAAUAUUAACUUCCGCUUAAGUUGAAUUUUCACUUAGUCAUGCAUUGAUGUCAAUUGGAGACUAAGUGAAAAUUCAAGUGGAAGUUAAUAUAUUUCUAUAUUACUGUCUUUGCUGCAGCUCACUCUCAACUUGUACAGUAUAUUAGGAGUAUUUUCCUAGGUUGUUUGUUUUUGUGCUUAGAUGUGUUUUCCUUGUUCUCUCAGGCUGCAAAUAAGUUUGUGUCGGGCAAGAAGUCAAUGGCUUCCAGUGGAAACCUCGUCAAGACGCCCUUCGUUGACGAGAUCUAAAGCCUUCCAACUUUAUUUCACUUGUGAUUUUAAAAAUCACAACAAAGCCCUCUGUCCGUUCAAAACAAACAAAUUGAAACUGAAACAUGGUCAUUAUCCCCAUUGCCUCAUUGUUCUUUUGAGGAAGUUAUGAUAAUGUUGUAAUCACACCAACAGCCAAUAUUUAUAGUUGUUGAUAUUUUUAUGUGGAUCUCGAUGGUGCAUAAGGAAAUAAGAUCCACAUCUUGAACUGUAUAGCUGAUGUAAAUUAAUGAAUAAAGAAUAUCUACCUUAAAGGUGGAAUAAGUCGUUUUUUCCACUUGUAGUAGACCUAAUGUCUUACCAGGUGAUAAUAAAUGAAAACGUAUGAUCCAUGAAAAAGUUUUGAUACAUUGCCCAAUAGUGUGAAAUUAUAUUUAUUCUAGUCUGUUCGGACCAAAAAUGUCUACAUGUUGCUUUCAUGAAAAAGUGUUUGAUUACGUCCGACCAUGUUGAACAAAAUAACAUGGUUAAUUUGUUAUUUGUUCCCGGAAAUACAAGUGACUCGUAGCCAGGCGGCUAAUUCGGCGUAUUUUCCAAUGAGAAAAGCUACACUACAUGAACAAAAGUAUGUGGACACCUGCUUG